AUGGCAUCGUGGCCGCCGUGGGGGCAGAGGGCUUCCAUCUUUGCACAGGGGAAUGGAUGGAGGAGAAAUGCGUCCUCCAGGGAGGCUGCGGCGUCCAAGUCCGCCUCUUUGGGUGCGGCGUCCUUUGUCGCUGGGGCGCAGAUUUUCACACUGGGUGUACUUCUCUAUUAUGUGCCAAUGGAACAACUCAAUAUGGGCCUUCUUCUGUUUUUGGCUCUGUGCUAUAAUGCUGCGAUGGUGUGGAAUUGGGCCCCUAACCCUGGAUUUGUAUCGGACACGGAGGAACCGAGGUCGGAAGAGGAAAAAUCUAUCCUUCGAUGGUGUCGGGUGUGUCGCCUGUGGCAGCCGCUUCGGGCCAAGCAUUGUGAAAAGUGUGAGAGAUGCGUGCGAAAAUAUGAUCAUCAUUGCUUCUGGAUCGGGGGCUGCGUGGGUGAGGCGAACCACCUUCGUUUCUACCUGCUGCUCACUAUUACGUUUAUUUACUUGCUUUAUCUGUUUCCAAACGUCAUGAAAUGUUUCAAGUUUCGCGGUCAUGCGACAAUGGACGCCGCAAUGCUCCGGAACUUCAUUCCAUUCAUACUGAUUGUGGUGAAUGGCUUUAUGGCCUUCUUGAUCUUCGCUCUGUGGGUUGUUCACUGCGUUUUACUAGUGGGCAACCUGACGACAUGGGAGUUCUCCAGCCGCCACCGCAUCACCUACCUCAGCUCUCGAAAGGGCAAUCCUUUUAACCGAGGCCUGUGCUCAAAUAUAUCGUUUCUGUUUCAGAGGCAGCCGAUUAAUUGGAGCCUCGUAAUGAAGCGAAGCGACUCGGAUCUUGUAUAG